AUAAUUGUUAUAAAUUUUUUAAGCUGGUCAUUGUUUGUUAUAGCUAUUUGUUGUGUUCAGUUGCAGCAAUCAAGCCACAUUGCACCAGUGAUGGGCACAAUGGAUGUUCCUGUCCUUAAUGAUAUUGAAGGUGAAUAUGGCUUUACCGUCACUGUGAAAGACAAGGAACGCACUAUGAAGAGUCCAAUGUGGUCGAUGAGCAGGAUCACCAACAAAUUAUAUACAAAUAUCAACAAUGCUGUGCCAUUUGAAAUUCACCUUAAGAAACCUAUCAAGAACCAAAUGUUCUCCAUUCGGGCUGUGCCAGUAUUUUCUAGUUCACAAUUUUUGCACCAUAAUGUCAAUCGCUGCCCCAACCAUGCUGCACCAACAGACUCGACCAAUCAUGAUUUUCCAUACCCUGAGCAUGUAGUAAGGGCUGACCACCUGAGGCUCGUUAAUUAAGAGUGCCUCGGGACCUUGUCCGUUGUAGUCCCAUUUGGUCCCUUGCAGGAUGGCUCCCACUACACUCCCAUUCUUCUGCGAUUUAUGUCGGGGUCCUGUGUAGGAGGUAUUAAUCGAAGACCCAUUGUCAUCAUUCUUACCCUUGAGAACAAGGGAGGUGAAAAAUGUGGAAGGAAGGUCAUCGAUGUAAAAGUGUGUGCUUGUCCUACUCAAGAUUUGAAAACUGACGAGCAAGCUAUAUUGUACAAAGGUGGUAAACGGAAAGCCUCAGUCUUGCAACAGGAAAAAGUACCACUUGUGACCAUGAAGAAACCUAGGGCAGUCGACCCCAAAACUGAGCCACAAGAAGAAGAUAAGAUGUUUUCAAUUCCUGUACGUGGCCGGAAACUGUACAACUUCCUCAUGGAUAUGAAGGCUGUAUACUACCUCAACCAUCCAGAAUAUGCUGCAAAAUACCAUGAUGACGAUAUUAGGAGUUCAACAAUAGAGAUGCGUGGAGAAAAACAGAAGGAAAUAUGCGAUGACAACUGCAACAUAGAGGAGGUUGAGAUGAACCCCUGGGACUCUGAUGGGUAUUCUCCGCACUGCCUUGUAUAUGAUGAUACUCACAGUGAUUCAUUUAAUUUGUCAAGUAAAGGUUCUUCAGAUCAUUUACAAUCACAUGCUUCAGACACUCCCACCGUGAAAGCGAGAGUUGUGGACACUGAGAGAAAUGGUAGAGAGCCUAAUGGUUCAGUCAGCAUUCAGAAUAACGAAAUACAUGCUUGGCCCCAGGUAACAGAAGAUGCAGGCAAUUCACACUUUUCUUCAGUAGCAUUUGUCUCUUCAUUAUCAUCUGCAUCAGCCGAACUUCAUAGCCAGUCCUCGAGUAAAUUCAACAUUGCUACUUUACCCAAAGUGAAUUUAUAUAAGCAUGUGCCAGUAAUGCAAGUAUCACCAUACACUCCCAGAGAGCCAGCUGUUAGGAAAUAUACUUCAGAAUUUAAAAUGGGAAAUAUUAAAGCAUCUCCUCCUCUUUCCAAAAGUUUUUCAAUGACACAAAAACAAUUCGAAGAAACUGUAGAGUUAAGUAGUUUGAGGUUAUGGGCAGACUCCACCUUAAUUCAGAAGCUUCAGUCACUGCGCUAGAGAGCAGAAACAUUGACUAGUAAUGUCUCACCACUUGAGACACCAGAAACAUCGACUAGUAAUGUCUCACUGCACAAGAGACAGAAGCAUUGACUAGUGAUACAGAAGAUGCAGGCAAUUCACACUUUUCUUCAGUAGCAUUUGUCUCUUCAUUAUCAUCUGCAUCAGCCGAACUUCAUAGCCAGUCCUCGAGUAAAUUCAACAUUGCUACUUUACCCAAAGUGAAUUUAUAUAAGCAUGUGCCAGUAGUGCAAGUAUCAUCAUACAAUCCCAGAGAGCCAGCUGUUAGGAAAUAUACUUCAGAAUUUAAAAUGGGAAAUAUUAAAGCAUCUCCUCCUCUUUCCAAAAGUUUUUCAAUGACACAAAAAACAACUCAAAGAAACUGGAGAGUUAGGUAGUUUGAGGUUAUGGUCAGACUCCACCUUAGUUCAGAAGCUUCAGUCACUGCACGAGAGAGCAGAAACAUUGACUAGUAAUGUCUCACCACAUGAGACACCAGAAAUAUCGACUAGUAGUGUCUCACUGCACAAGAGACCAGAAGCAUUGACUAGUGAUACAGAAGAUGCAAGCAAUUCACACUUUUCUUCAGUAGCAUUUGUCUCUUCAUUAUCAUCUGCAUCAGCCGAACUUCAUAGCCAGUCCUCGAGUAAAUUCAACAUUGCUACUUUACCCAAAGUGAAUUUAUCUAAGCAUGUGCCAGUAGUGCAAGUAUCAUCAUACAAUCCCAGAGAGCCAGCUGUUAGGAAAUAUACUUCAGAAUUUAAAAUGGGAAAUAUUAAAGCAUCUCUUCCUCUUUCCAAAAGUUUUUCAAUGACACAAAAACAACUCAAAGAAACUGGAGAGUUAGGUAGUUUGAGGUUAUGGUCAGACUCCACCUUAGUUCAGAAGGUUCAGUCACUGCACGAGAGAGCAGAAACAUUGACUAGUACAAAACAAAUUCUGGUCACAAAAUAGAGCGAAACACCAACGUCAAAGACCUGGGAGUGAUCAUGUCGGAGGAUCUCACCUUCAAGGACCAUAACAUUGUAUCAAUCGCAUCUGCUAGAAAAAUGACAGGAUGGAUAAUGAGAACCUUCAAAACUAGGGAGGCCAAACCCAUGAUGACACUCUUCAGGUCACUUGUUCUAUCUAGGCUGGAAUAUUGCUGCACACUAACAGCACCUUUCAAGGCAGGUGAAAUUGCCGACCUAGAAAAUGUACAGAGAACUUUCACGGCGCGCAUA